CGCUGAAAUGACGUGCAAAUGCACCAUGAUAGUCCUUGUGGUCGUCUUUGCAACGAUCUUCAAAGAGAUCCAUGCCUUCAUGCUCCACAGUGGAGCACAGAGCGGCUUGCUUCAACGUAAGACACAGGCAGACAGCACAAGAGAUGCAAAAGGGCUGCAACCACCCUGUCGGUGUGUUUGUGUAUGCCACUCCAGGCCCUCUUGCGUCUCUGCGUCGCUCGCGAGGCCGGCCGGACAGUGCUGGUCUGUUCAUGGUGAUCAGCACGGCUGACUUCAAGCCGGGUGUGACUAUUGAGCUCGACGGCUCACCGAUGAAGGUGGUGGAAUUCAACAUACAAAAGAUGGGACGGGGCGGGUCGUUCGUGAGGACCAAACUCAGGAACAUGCUCACGGGGACAACCAUUGACCACUCAUUCAGGUCAGAGAGCAGCACACAGGGAAGGAAACAGGGAGGAGGGCAAUCGCAUGAGUCUCUGUGUCCGUGUGUUUGUGUCUGUGUGUGUGCAGGGGCGGCGAGAAGGUGGAGGAGGCGAUGAUAGAGAAGGUGCCGUUGUUGUACAGCUAUGACACGCCCGACGGCCUGGUGUUCCAGAACACCGAAACAUGGGAGGACUGCACCGUGUCGCGGAAGCAGCUCACUGACGCCAUUCCAUACCUCAAAGACGGCAUGGAAGUCACUGUAAGUCAGCCGAAACAGCCACUAUGACAGCAGCGAGCCUCACUGUGGCGUGUGUGUGUGCGUCGUUUAUCGAUGAUGCAGGUGAUGAUGUGGAAGGAUCAGGUGGUGGAUGUGGCAUUGCCGGCAACGGUCUCUUUUGAAGUGACAGAGACGGGAAUCGCUGCAGACAGGGCGGCAGCAAGUAGGCAUAGCGUGAUGUCACGGCCAGCGUGUGAAGGCGCGCGCCUCUCACUGUCUGGGUAUCUAUCUCUGUGCUUAUAAAUAUUAUAUAUCAGGUCGGAAGCCGGCGACACUGGAGACGGGAUUGACGGUGAAUGUGCCGGCGUAUGUGAAUACGGGUGAUGUGGUGGAGGUCAACACACAGACCGGCGAGUUCGUCAAGAGGGUCUAGAUGGUUGAUGCAUGCAUCGGUCAAUGAGUGGGCUGUCUGUGCGACAGAGAUGCAAAGCCAUGCUUGUCGCACCGCGUGUGGGUGGUUGAGAUGGGGGUACAUGGCAUGGAUGCGACCUGACUCGAUGGAUUCACCAAUGGUGAAUGAAUGCCGUCCUUGUCC